GCGCUGUGUGUCACUUCCUCUUUGGAGCGGCAGGGCCGCCGUGGGCCGAGCACGGCGUGGUGACGGCCGUGGGGAUGAGUGCGCUCGGUUGCUGGGGAGACGCGCCCGUUCCUGGACAGUUUGACGACGCUGAGUCCGGUGAGAGUGAUGGUGGCUGUUCUGAGAAAACACAAAAGGAGGUUGGAAGGGCAGAGAAGAAGAUUGAGAUUCUGCAGCUGAAUAAUCCAGAUGAAGAGGAAUUUCCUAUUGAGAGUGAUGAAGGUGAAGACUGGGACUGGGAUGAUUGUGAGGGAGACCUCACCAAGCGUUAUACUGCUUCCAGGAAUAACAGUCAGCAGGCAAAUAGACAAACUUCCGAUAAUUCGGCGAGGAUGUCCACUCCUCCAGACAAGGCACUGAGAAAAUUUGAACAUAAGAUUAAUCUCGAUAAACUAAAUUUUGCUGACUCUGUGAUAAACAAAGUAACUGAAAAGUCAAGGCAGAAACAUACAGACAUGUAUCGAGUUAAAGAUAAAUCUGACCGAGCUACAGUAGAACAGGUUUUGGAUCCAAGAACUCGAAUGAUUCUGUUUAAAAUGCUGAGCAGAGGAGUGAUCUCUCAAAUCCAUGGAUGUAUCAGCACGGGCAAGGAGGCAAAUGUUUAUCAUGCAACUACAAACAGUGGAGAAAGCAGAGCAAUAAAGAUCUACAAAACUUCAAUCCUAAUAUUUAAAGAUCGUGAUAAAUAUGUUAGCGGUGAAUUCAGAUUUCGCCAUGGAUACUGCAAGGGAAAUCCAAGAAAAAUGGUGAGGACAUGGGCAGAGAAGGAGAUGAGAAAUUUGAUCAGGUUGCAGACAGCAGAAAUACCUUGCCCAGAGCCAAUCAUGCUGAGGAGUCAUGUGCUUGUUAUGGGUUUUGUUGGUAAAGAUGAUAUGCCAGCACCACUGUUGAAGAAUGCUCAUUUGUCUGAAUCCAAGGCCAGGGAGCUUUAUCUUAUUAUUAUUCAAUAUAUGCGAAGAAUGUACAAGGACGCCCGACUGGUUCAUGCUGAUCUCAGUGAAUUUAACCUGUUGUACCACAAUGGGGGAAUUUAUAUAAUUGAUGUAUCCCAAUCAGUAGAACACGAUCAUCCAUGUGCUUUGGAAUUUCUCCGAAAAGACUGUCUCAAUAUUAAUGAAUUUUUCCGUAAACACGACGUUGCUGUGAUGACUGUGCGAGAGCUUUUUGAAUUUGUCACAGAUCCUUCAAUUGCAGAAGAUAACCUUGAUGCUUACCUUCAAAAGGCAAUGGAAUUAGCUGCAAAUAGAACAGAGGAGGAACGAUCCAAUCAGGACAAAGUAGAUGAAGAGGUGUUCAAAAAGGCCUACAUUCCCAGGACUCUAAAUGAAGUGAAGCAUUAUGAACGAGAUGUUGACAUUAUGACAAAGUCCAAGGAGGAGAAUAUUUUAGAUAAACAGCAUGACAAUAUUCUGUACCAGACAGUAACAGGAAUGAAGAAAGACUUGACGGGUGUACAACAGAUACCUGCUCUUCUUGAGAAUUCAGAAGAAAGUGAUGAACAAUCUAAUUCUGAUCAUGACGACUCUGAAUCAGAGCUCGAUCCUGAAGGAGGAGGAGAAAAGACCCCUCUGAAAAAGCAUAUUCAGGAAGAUGAAACUAGCAGAAAGGAUAGAAAACGAUUAGUUAAAGAAGCCCAACGAGAAAAACGAAAAAACAAAGUGCCUAAACAUGUCAAAAAAAGAAAAGAAAAGGUUGCUAAAAUGAAGAAAGGGAGAGCUUAGACAUUUGAAUGACUUUGUUUUGCAUCAGCUGUUGUGUGUUGAUUGACAGCCUUCACAAGAUUAUGAAAUGAGGACUGCCAUUCCCAGCUUGGUUCAUGUGUCCAGGGAGAUCCUAAAGCUCCCACAUUGCAGUGGCUGUUGUUUCUCAAAUAAUUUCUGCGUUUCUUCCUUCAUGUCCCAGUCUCUACUUCCUCAGUCCUUGUGUAAUGAUGGAUGUUCCCUUGUUGCCAAAAGUUAACUUCAUCAGUUGUGAACACUGCAACGUGCUUUCCCAGUGUAAAAUAAUAAAUAAUCUUGAUAUGAAUGAAA